UAAGAAUUGGGCAUUACAAUUUCAGAGGCCGUACUAAUACAGACGUCCAGACCUCAAGAACGCUCAUAGCUUACCAAUCCGAAUCCAUUUCAGCCCAACAAAUCAGAGAAAUUUGAUCACAAAUAUCAAAAUUGUUCAUCUGGAGAAUCAAAUUUCAGGAUGCCGCAUCUCCUGCAGCAAAUUCAUCCUCAAUCCCAUCAUUUCCCACUCAAACUCUCAUCUUCCCUCGCCUCUUCACGAUUCCCCUCUCAAUUUCUAGCUUCUCCGCCGUGUUUUUGCUCUCCGAAUUCCGUCGCUGUUGUUCGUCGACGUCCGGUAAUGAGAGGCGUAACCAUACGGUGUAUGGCCAAUUCACGGAGGGUUAAAAUGGUGUCCAAGCAGAUUCAGAGGGAGCUUUCCAAUAUGCUUCUUACCGAUAAGGUGUUGCAGUUCGCCAUUCUUCCUGAGGCCUCUUUGGGAGCUGAUAAGUACCUUUCGUCUCUCACUACCAUCACCGAUGUUGAAAUCUCUAGCGACUUGCAGGUGGUUAAAGUAUAUGUAUCUGUCUUUGGUGAUGAAAGAGGAAAGGAUAUUGCUAUGGCUGGGUUGAAAUCUAAAGCUAAGUAUGUUCGAAGUGUAUUGGGAAAACGUAUGAAGCUUCGGUUAACUCCUGAGAUACGUUUUAUAGAAGAUGAGUCUUUUGAGAGAGGAAGCAGGGUAAUUGCCAUAUUGGAUCGGAUCAAAGACGAAAAAAACAAUAUCGAUGAUGAAGACAUGGAGCAAUCUGAACUAUCUGAUUCUCCUCAAGACGACCGGGACUGGGAAGAGGAUGAUGCUGAUGAAGACAUAAUAUACGUACAAUAGGUCGUCACUGUUCCAGUUCUUGUUCAACUUACGCUCAUCUGUGCUGAGGCAUCGGUUUGCCAUCGCAGAGCAAGAAGUGAAGGUAAAACGCAAAGCUCUGCCUCUGAUUCAAAAUGAUGUUGCUCAUGAUUCUCAUUAUGCAACCCAUAAUCUAUUAUCACCAUAUAUAAUAGAUAGAAAUUUCCUAUUCUAUCUUCUGAUUCAACUGUUCGUAGUUGCAUGGGGACGAUAAUAUUGAUAUCAAAUACAUAUUGCAUAAGAAUUUAAAUGUGAAUGUCGACAAAUAUGUUGUUUCGUUAUAAUGUUUGUCGUGAUAUGACCCGUAAUAUUGGUAUCGAAUCUUAGGAGCUUUCUGUGUUGA